CUCAGGUGUUGUUGUGGUCGUCUGGUGGGGGAACAUUCCUGGCAGGAGUCUGUUCCUCCGCUAUCUUUCUAUGCUGCCUCUGGACCAGACAUGGAGGAGGACUGGUCCACAGAGGUCCACACUAGAGCGAGUCCCACCAAUGCUUAUGGGACUAUAGAUUUUGAAGACACCGCGACACGAGUGUGUCGGGCAAAGUACGUCCGUGUGGCCGUGGACUCCAAGCCCGAGGCUUUACUGCAGCUGAUGCUGAGGGAAUGGCAGAUGGAGAGACCCAAACUGCUGCUGACGGUCCAGGGAGGCACAGAAAACUUUGUCUUGCCCCCAAAAGUUAUGCAAGCUUUCAGCAAGGGGCUGAUCACUGCUGCCCUCAACACAGGGGGGUGGAUACUCACCGAUGGGAUUAAUACGGGUGUGUCUAAGUAUGUAGGGGAGGCAGUGAAAGUGUUUGGAGGCCACGACCUGAGAAAGAGGAACACAAUUGGUAUCACACCAUGGGGAGUGAUUGACAACAACAUGGACCUCAUAGGCAGAGAUGUGUUCAAGCCCUACCAGCCACUGGGAAACCCCCUGAGCAAGAGAGUCUGCCUCAACGGGUUCCAUUCCCAUUUCCUGCUGGUGGAUGAUGGAACACUUGGGAAAUAUGGCUGCCAGCAGGGCCUUCGGAAGAAACUGGAGAAGCACAUCCAGCAGCAGAAAAUACAUCCUCGAUUGAACCAAAGAGUGCCUAUGGUGUGUGUAGUGGUGGAGGGAGGUCCCUCCGUUGUUUUCACUGUGCUGGAUUAUGUGAGCAGUGCCCCCCCUGUGCCAGUGUUUGUGUUUGAAGGAUCUGGCAGAGCUGCAGACCUGCUUUCUUUCUUGCACAAGCAGACCGCCAACGACAGGCAGCUGGAUGCUGACAUUAUAGAGGACUUCCUCACUAGAAUUGGUGAUGAAUUUGGAGUGGAGAGAACUGAGGCGGUUCGUCUUUACUCUGUUCUCCAGGAGUGCAUGGACCACAGAGAGUCUAUAACUAUUUUUGACUCUGAAUCAGACGAUCACGCGGCACCAGAUGCAGCCAUUUUAAGUACUACACUCAAGGGCACAAAGGCCAGUCCAGCAGAGCAGCUAAAUAUGGCUUUAGCAUGGGACCAAGCCGACAUCGCUCAGAAGGACAUCCUGGUGUACGGACAGCACUGGCCGGUUGGUUCCUUGGAAAAAGCCAUGCUUGAUGCUCUGGUGUUGGACCGUGUGAGUUUUGUUAAAAUGCUGAUAGACAACGGCAUGACCAUGAGCCACUUCCUCACUGUGGAGCGCCUGGAAGAGCUUUACAACACGCCGCUGGGGCAGACUCCGCGCUUCCUGCAACACCUUGUUGAAGAUGCAAAGCAGACGUCUCUUCCAGCUGGUUACCGUCUUUCUCUUAUUGAUGUUGGCCUGGUGAUAGAAUACCUGAUUGGAGGAGCAUACCGCAGCACCUACACUCGAAAACACUUCAGAGCUGCGUACAGCCGCAUGCAGGACAACGACAGAAGAUGGGACAGUUCUGGCUCCUUUUCUAAACAAAAGCUCGGACUGAAAUCAAACUCCCGGAAGAGUGGAAGUCGUCAGGACUUGCAUUUCUUUAGAACUGCUCAGCCCUACAAACGCAAGGAGCAAGAUGCGACCCCCGGGAGCACUCUAAACACGAGGUUCAGUUCAGGCCUCGGUGACGCUUCACUGCAGGUCCCUUUUAACUUCAACGACCUCUUUGUCUGGGCGGUUCUUCAGCAGCGGCAGCAGAUGGCACUAUUCCUGUGGCAGCACGGUGAAGAAGCGCUGGCCCGAGCCAUCGUGGGCUGCAAGCUUUACCGCUCCAUGGCCUUUGAGGCGCGGCUGAGCAGCAUGUAUGACAACAUCGCUGAAAAAUUCAAGGCAGACUCACUGGAGUUCGGUAAGCUGGCGGUGGACGUGUUGGAUUGUGCAUUUCGACAGAACGGGCAAAUGGCCAUGAAACUGUUGACCUCAGAGAUGGAAGCAUGGAGCCACUUCACGUGUCUGCAGUUGGCAGUCUCCUCGUGUCACAGACCGUUUGUCUCACACUCGUGCACUCAGACCCUCCUCACUGAUCUCUGGACGGGCCCCCUCAACAUGAGAAAGAACUCCUUCAUGAAGAUAAUCUUGAGCCUUCUUCUGCCCCCUGCUAUCUUGAUGCUGGAGUUUAAAAGCGAAGCUGAAAUGUGUCAUGUACCACAGACCCACGAGACAAUGCUGUUCGGGCUUGACUCUGUCAAGUCAACUCCAGCUCCUCAGGCUACUGCUGACCUGAGUCAUCAUGAUGCAGAGCAGGGCCUUCCUUUUUAUGAGAAAUGUCUCGGUCCUGUCUCAAGAUCUGUUUCCACUGUAAAGGUGCAGUGGCUCCCCUGGAUCACACGAAUCUAUGAUUUCUACACAGCUCCUGUUGUCAAGUUUUGGUUUCACACAAUGUCAUACUUGUGUUUUUUGAUGUUAUUCUCAUUCGUCGUCUUGGUGAAAAUGGAAGCUGGACCCAGUAUUCAAGAGUGGCUGGUCAUUUUCUACAUUGUGUCUACUGCAGUGGAGAAAACCAGAGAGGUUUUGAUGUCUGAGCCGAGGAAGUUGAGGCAAAAGCUGAAGAUUUGGUUCUCAGAGUAUUGGAACAUAUCCGAUUUUGUCGCCAUCAUUCUUUUCCUGGUUGGACUUACGUUGCGCUGGCACGCUGAUCCGUACAGAACAGCGGGGCGCAUCACUUACUGCCUGGACAUCAUCUUCUGGUUCAUCAGGGUGCUGGAUCUGCUGGCUGUCAAUCAGCACGCUGGCCCUUACCUCACUAUAAUCACUAAGAUG